AUGAAAAGAAAAUUGAUUGGAAUCAACAUCAACUCUCACUUCUUGGAUGUUGCUGCUAAUUUUCUGUCUUGCAGGUUAGAAGGCCUAGAAUUCAACUUUCUCGGAGUUCCGAUCGGUUUAAAUUCUAAGAGAAUUUAUGCUUGGGACUUUCUGAUUCAUAAAAGGAAAGCGCAAAUUUCUAAUUGGAAAGGAAGAAUGUUGUAUCUCGGCGAUCACAUAACUUUGUUGAAGUCAAUUUGGAGUAGCCUACCAAUCUUUCUCUUUUCCUUUUACAGAGCUCCUGUGAAGUGGAAGCGGCGUAUUUUGGAAGGGAAGAAGGCUUUGUGGAUCGACAUUCUUAGAGCAAGAUAUGACAUUCAGUCUCACCAUGACACUUCUUCGGUCAAUUGCAAUAACACCAAUUCUCGUUCAGCUUGGUGGAAAGACAUUACCUCAUUGGAGAAAAGACACCACGCCAAAGACUUUAAAGGAAAAUGUAGGUUCACGUUAGAGGGUGGAUCAUUGAUUCCAUUAUGGUCAACAUUUUGGUUUGGUGAGGUUAAACUGCAAGAUGAAUUGCCUGAUCUGUAUAACAUUAGCUCUUUGAAGAAAGAGAUGGCGGCUGGAAUGGGAAAGGAAUGUGUGAUAGCUGGAUUUGGGGAGAUCUUGGAAUUUCGGCUUUCUCUCCACUGUCAGUUCAAUCAAGAUUGCAGGAGUUAA